AUGUCGGGUCGGAACGCGCCUCGCUCGAAGAAUGGCUGCAGCACCUGCCGCCGUCGCAAAGUGAAAUGUGGUGAGGAGCGUCCGGUGUGCAAGCGAUGCUUUAAUUUGCGUCUGACAUGCGAGUGGGGGAUUCCUGUUAAACGAGGAGGGAAAGCCGGGGAGAAUGCGCCCGUCCGUCAUCUGCAGCCCCGGUGGCCGCCGCCCACCCGCAGCGACCCGAUCACCACCACCACAACCACCGCUAAUGUCGCUCCUACGACUACCGCGAUUACCCCUAGCUCUCCUACGCUAAUUACUGCGUCAACUACUGCGCCUGUUACUCCUAUUGGGGCAACAGUUGGCAUACUUAAUGCCCACUAUGCCAACACCUUGGCGUCCUUGUGGCCUCCGGCCCCCGGAUGUGCCCCGGAUUUCUCCCCGGCUUCCCCGGACGGCUUCCUCCCCACGAGUUGGCCGGUAUAUCACCCAGCCUAUACUCAGACGCCCCCCCUCUAUCCUUCGUUGUCGGGCACUGAUUUUCCCUGCUCCAACGCGUUGGUACUAACCGAACAUGAUCGGAAAUACUUCCAGUACUUCCCCUCCUCUUCCGUCGUCUUCUACUAUAUGAAGAACUGGCAGUGGAGCAGCUUCUGCUACCUCUACCAGGGACCUGCGCGCGUCAGCAGAGUGAUUAUGCGCAUGAUUCUGGCGCUAUCGGCGAGUGAUAUGUACCGCAAUGGUCUGGUUGUGCGCUCUCCAGGACGUCCCACGGCGGAAGACCACGGACGCUUCCACUAUGGCAUGGCCGUAAAGGAGUUUCGGCAGAUGUUGGAGACCCCCAAACCUCAGGUUUCACUUGCUGAGAUGGAAAUGAUCUUCGCGACAAUGUUCCUCAUGGUCGCCUACGAAUGGCAGUUCGGUCAUUGUCUGCGUCAUCUACAGCUGCAUCUUCAAGGAGUACGAUCCCUGCUCGAAACACACCCAGAACUGUUUGAGUCCAAGGACUUCGACGAGGUGAUGCUGUCAAUGGAUGCAGAUCCCCCAGUUGGGGACGUAUCUUCUCGUGUGUCGUUCAUACCCGAACAAUUUCUUCUGUGGAUCAUAUAUGUCGACAUCAACCGGCGAGUUCUCGCGACAACAAAUGAUUCACUGACAGAUUACGUGCUCAACUCUAACAAACCAGCUUUACACCCGGACCAACUUCACCGAAGCGCACGUCUUUGGAGUCGUUGCUUUUGGGGCAAGCAGUACCCCGACCAGGAAAUCGCCGAUGAUAUGGAAAACUACCGGGGCUUAGAGCUGAUACACACUGGCUUCAUACUGUGGCACAAGGCCUGGAAAUGUCUAGGCGAUCCUGCAGAUUCGGCAUACACCCCCGAUACGUUAUACGCCGAGAUUCUCUCUGUGCGCGAUCGUUUCUCCGACCUUCUCGUUACCGCUAAAAUUUCCGGGGCCGGCUCCACCCGCCGCACGUUAAACACGAUCUAUAUGGCUGUCAGCAACUUCUACGCGCUCAUUCUCUUUCACCGGCAUCUACUUAGUCCCAGCCAGGCCCCGGCUGCACUUCACCGCCAGGCUCUUACGGGGAUUCUCGAAAACACACACAAGCAAUACGCCGUGGACCCCCGUCUCCUACGUCGAUUACACUGGCCCUUGUUGAUGGCACUAAUUGAGACCGAGGAUCCAAUUCAGCGCGACUGGCUGCGCCAGCGCUUGAUAGAAUUGCGUGGAUUUCACUCAGAGUAUCUUUGGGUCAACCAGAUCGCAGAAGAGGUGCUAGCUCGCCAGGAAGCGAGUCCUGCGGAGGGGAUUGAUCUGGGGGAAUUGCUGCGCAAUUUCCACGCCUAGUUCCUCUUCACUCUUUACCAUUCCGAUAUAUGUUACUCAUUGUAAUAACUAAACCAUAAAUCUUAUCU